CUCCAAAUUUUAUCAAAACCAAACAAAAAGCUCUUAGAGAAAAAUAUGGAAAAACUUCACACUUACAAGCACAUACCAUGCACAACCUUCAACCGCAUUUUUGCAAUCAUAUACACUUUGGCUAUCCUUGCCCUUAUUUACCACCAUUUCCUCACCCUAAUCCACCAUUCCACCACUGUUACCUCCGUCAUCAUCACCGCUUCUCUCUUAAUCUCCGACGUAAUCCUUGGGUUCAUGUGGGCCACUACUACUUCCUUCCGCCUUCGCCCCAUCCUUAGACAAGUUUACCCCGAAAAUCUAGACAAAGUACUAGACAAAAAGGAUUUUCCAACCUUGGACAUAUUCAUUUGCACCGCGGAUCCUUAUAAAGAACCUCCUAUGAACGUCGUUAACACGGCUUUGUCUUUAAUGGCUUACGACUACCCUCCCGAGAAGAUAUCUGUCUAUGUUUCGGACGAUGGUGGCUCGGAGCUUACUCUUUUUGCUUUCAUGGAGGCUGCAAAGUUUGCAAAGAUUUGGUUACCGUUUUGUAGGGAUAAUAACAUUAUAGAUAGAUGUCCCGAAGCAUAUUUUAGCUCUGACCGCCACGCAAAGCAUGAGCUAGAGAGUGAAGAGAUCAAGACGAUGUACGAGAGUCUAAAGAUAAGAGUCGAGAACGUGGUUGAAAGAGGUGAAGUAUGUCCACAUUACAUUACUAAUGAAGCACAAAAUCUAACUUUCAGCAAGUAUCGAAUUUCAGGAUUUACUCGCUCGAACCAUCCUGCCAUUAUCCAGGUAUUGACUGAGAGUGCAAAAGAAAAGGACAACAAGGGACAGUCGAUGCCAAAUCUUGUGUAUGUAUCAAGGGAAAAAGACAAAACAUCCCCACACCAUUUCAAGGCUGGUGCUCUCAAUUCAUUGCUUCGAGUAUCAGGUGUUAUGACCAAUAGCUCUAUAAUUCUUACUCAAGAUUGCGACAUGUAUUCUAAUGAUCCACAAACACCCAAGAGAGCAUUAUGUUAUUUUUCUGAUCCAUCGGUUCGAACCAAUUUAGGAUACAUUCAGUUCCCUCAACGUUAUCAUGGUCUAAACAAAGAUGAUAUUUACGGAGGUGAAUUCUUGCGGUUAUUUGUAACAAACCCGGUUGGUAUGGAUGGUUUACAAGGCCCGUCUUAUGUUGGAAGUGGAUGCUUCUUUCGUCGUCGGGUUUUCUUUGGUGGGCCCACGUCGAUGGUGCCACCCGAAUUACAAGAAUUGAAACCAGACCAUAUCGUGAGGAAGCCAAUUACGGCACAACCAAUUAUUGAAAUGGCACAUCAUGUGGCUGGGUGCAACUAUGAAAAUAACACCAAAUGGGGAUAUAAUUUAGGAUUUCGUUAUGGGUCACUUGUGGAGGACUAUUUCACGGGAUACAGAUUACAAUGUGAAGGAUGGGAGUCUAUUUUUUGCCAUCCGAGUAGGCCGGCAUUUUUGGGUGAUGUACCGAUCUCUCUCAUUGACGCUGUUAGCCAAACCAAAAGAUGGGCUAUUGGACUUCUUGAGGUUGCCUUCUCAGAAUAUGUACCUCUGGUAUUUGGAUCACGAUGCAUGGGCUUUGUUAUGGGCUUAUGUUAUGCACAUUAUGCAUUUUGGCCCAUCUGGUCAAUUCCAAUCACCAUAUACUCAUUCCUCCCUCAAAUUGCCCUUUUGAAUGGAUUAAACAUCUUCCCAAAGGUGACGGAUCCAUGGUUCUUGCUCUAUGUUUUCUUAUUUUUUGGUGCAUAUGGUCAAGAUUGUUAUGACUUCAUCUUAUUUGAAAGCACCUACAAGAGAUGGUGGAAUGAUCAAAGAAUAUGGCUGAUAAGGGGCCUAUCGCCCUACUUGUUUGGACUAAUCGAGUACACUUUUAGACACUUAGGGAUAGCGACACAAGGUUUCAAUGUGACAAGCAAAGUGCAAGAUGAUGAACAAAGCAAAAGAUAUGAUCAAGGCCUUAUGGAAUUUGGGGUUCACUCCCCAAUGUUUAUACCCUUGACAACUGCAUCCAUUGUUAACUUAUUUGCGUUGAUAUUUGGGAUUUUACAAAUGUCAAGUUUCACGAACUUGGAAAAGUUGUUUGCGCAGUUCUUUAUAGCCUUUUUCGGGGUACUCAACAGUUGGCCGGUUUAUGAAGCUAUGUUAAGGAGUGACAAAGGAAGAAUUCCGAUUAAGACCAUCAUUAUUUCGAUGUGUUUGGCAUCCAUUUUAUGUGGUGGCACUUCUCUAGUAAUAUAAUAGACAUUGUAUAUAGGGGAUGCAUAUAACUUCCUUGCUGUUGAUAUCGAUAUGGGUGUUGUUGUAGCUAUUUUCUUUCAUUAUCUAUCUUGAUAUCUGUUAGAUGUACAUAACAUGUUUGUUUUAAAAAAUUGAUAGUGCUGAGUGUUGCACCAAUGGUCCCAGCAGGGAUCACUUCACUUUUA